AUGUCGCAGCUUACUGGUGUCGCCGGUGUUCACUUCACGCAGACAACGCCGCUCUGCGACUUGGGCACCUCCCCGACCCGUCAUCUUCCUACCGAGUCGUCAAUGGGGAAGACAGGUCGAAAGACCUACAAGACGGACAAAACAAAGAAAGAGGCCAUCUGGCCGGACUACCUCGAGUCAUGGUUGCUUCAAGGGAUUGCGAUGUACACACCGCCUGCUUCACGGAGUGGAAGAGGGCGAAAUCAGCUUCAGCGCUUCCCUCGAAGGAAUAAGCUCAUCUCCGAGUUCAUUCUUCAGAACACUGGCAAGAUUCGAACCCCCAAGCAAGUCGGCUCUCGUAUCCAACAACUUCGCGCGACGUGUCGUGACCCGAUCAUUCGUCGCGAACUCACGGAUUUGACGCGCUUCUCUCAUGACGACCACAGCGACACUGAUGAAGACCGCACUCCGCCUCCCUCUGUCGCCAAGUCGCGGUCUCCUCUAUCCGAUCGCUCUCUCGACUCAAUUGACCUCAAAUCAGACUGCUCCGACGUUACGCUCCUAAAUCGUGAAAUAGAAGAGCUCGUUCUAUCGCCUGCCACCCCCAAUCACCUCCUCUCUGCCGUUUCUCACCUCGUCUGGCUGACUAUCUACGUCUGCGAUGAUGAAUGGCGGCACGUCCCCAACCAACCACGACCUGUCUGCCUCGACCUCCCAGCCGCUCCUCUCCGUGCUCUUGAAGACGUCAAGGACUCGAGAAUCUCCGUCAUCUGUAGCAUUCCUCGAUCCCAAGUCCUCCGAGCACCCCCCUUCACCAUCACCUCCGAUGCGCUCGAUCGCACUCGAGUAUAUCACAACACCUUUGAGAUCUUUGACAAUCAUGGCCCCGUUGGGACUUACUCCUGUACGAUGAGGGCAUCCAACAGCGGAGAGUUCUCCGCCGACUUCCCCUCCGACAUCUGGCAGAACAUGGCCAACGAUACGUUCCUCCAGCACAAUUACUCGUUCGUCCAGCACAUCACUCCUCUCGGGGACGAGGCGUUCUCAAGUAUGAUCGUCAAGUAUUCGGUCGCAUUCCAGUAUGCCCAGUCGGCGGUUUACAGCGCUGCAGGGACUUACAACCCCCCUUUCGAGCCGUCGACCCCUACCUCUUCCCUCGUCCACGAGCAUCCUGCAUAUCAAACCACCUACACCGUCGACCCCCUGUUCGAAGCCAACGCCGGAGCUCUCUCAGAGCUCAUGUCUUCACCGCUCGCGUAUGAGUCGCCUUCAGCAUCCGCUCAAUCCUAUCAUCUCGUUUCCGACUUCGACUCUGUGGCGAAUUACAACAACUGGCCGGUCUCCUCCACUUCGUCGUAUUCCCUUCAGUAUCCCAACUCCUCAUCCUACUCCGCGUGA